AUUGCGGGCUGGCGUGAAUCACGCGCCUUCACACUGGAAGGUUAAGGAAGGCCACGAUGUUCAUGGACAGUGGGCGUGAACAGACGUCCACAGGCGGCUGUGAGCUUGUUGACAGCCCAAGGCCCAGAGAGGCAGUGGAUCCCAGAGCAGGGCAGCUCUGGCAGCAAGCAUUUCCCAGGUCCAGUUCUGUCCUCCACACCUCCAUCAGCUCUGACCUGGCCUAGACCCACAUGCAAGGGACGGAGGCAGCCAAAGACGCCCAUACUGCCCACCAUGUCUGGUAAGGUCCUGCUCCUGACCGUAUUGUCGGCUGGUAUUGGUGGGACAUUUCAGUUUGGCUACAACCUUUCCAUCAUCAAUGCUCCGACCUUGUACAUCCAGGCAUUCACCAAUGAGACGUGGCUGGCACGCACUGGUGAGCCGCUGGCUGACCACCUGAUCCUGCUGGUGUGGUCUCUCAUUGUGUCCCUGUACCCCCUGGGGGGCCUCGUGGGGGCACUGCUGGCAGGACACCUGGCCAUUGCCCUGGGAAGGAAGAAGUCGCUGCUGGUGAAUGACGCCUGCGUGGUGGCCGCCGCCGUCCUGUUUGGCUUCAGCCGCAGAGCGGGCUCCUUCGAGAUGAUUCUGCUGGGCAGACUGCUCGUGGGGGUCGGUGCAGGGCUGAGCAUGAAUGUCCAGCCCAUGUACCUGGGGGAAAGCGCUCCCAAGGAACUUCGAGGAGCCACGGCCAUGUCCUCAGCCAUCUUCACAGCCUUGGGGAUCGUGAUGGGACAAGUCAUGGGCCUCAGAGAACUCCUGGGGGGCCAGCAGGCCUGGCCCCUGCUGCUGGCUAGCUGCGUGGUACCUGGGCUCCUGCAGCUCAUCUCCCUGCCCUUGCUGCCAGAGAGCCCGCGCUACCUCCUCAUUGACCGUGGAGACACCAAGGCCUGCUUGGCAGCGCUGCAGAGGCUGCGGGGUACCCGGGAUGUGGCGCUGGAGCUGGCUGAGCUGCAGCGAGAGCGGGCCGCCUGCGGGAAUGACGGCCCACGGCGUGCGUGGCAGUUGUUCAGCGACCGGGCACUGCGGAGGCAAGUGAUGAGCCUAGUGGUGCUGGGCAGCGCCAUGGAGCUGUGCGGUAACGACUCGGUGUACGCCUAUGCGUCCUCGGUGUUCCGCGCCGCGGGGAUGCCCGACGACAAAAUUGCUUAUGCCCUGGUGGGCACCGGCUCCUGUGAGCUGCUGGCUUCAGUCCUGAGCUGUGUGGUGGUGGAGAGGGUGGGCCGGCGCCUCCUGCUCAUGGGCGGUUACAGCCUCAUGACCUGCAGUGGGAGUGUCUUCACAGUUGCCCUGUGCCUGCAGGACACCUACCCCUGGAUGCCCUACCUAGCCGUGUCCUGCGUCUUCAGUUUCAUUCUCAGCUUUGGCAUUGGCCCUGCUGGCGUGACGGGGAUUCUGGCCACGGAACUGUUUGACCAGACAACGCGGCCUGCUGCCUACGUGAUCUGUGGGGUGCUCAUGUGGGCCAUGCUCUUCCUCGUGGGGCUUGGGUUCCCCUUCCUUAUGGAGGCCUUGUCCAACUUCCUGUAUGUCCCUUUCCUCUGCAUCUGCGUGUGUGGCGCUGUCUACACCGGCUUCUUCCUUCCUGAGACCAAAGGCAAGACCUUCCUGGAGAUCUCCCAGGAGCUGCACAGACUCAACUUCCCUGGGCGGGCCCAGGGCCCCACAUGGAUUGGCCCCCACAUUGUCCAGUCCACGGAGCUCUAGCUCAGCAGGCACAACCCAGGAUGUGUGGGUGGUGAUAUGGAGGAAGGGUUAAGCCAAGCCAGUGGCUACCCUUUCCUUUGCCUCCUGCUCCCUGGGCGCCUUGACUGUCUGCAGUCACCUCCCCCUGCAUUUGACGCGUUUAGUGAGCAUCUACUGUGCAUGAUCUUGAGGCCAAGUGCUCAGGAACCCCUGGAAAGCCAGGGAGCUGCGUUGCACAUCUAAAGGCAGUUAAAUGGGAGUCAAGGACAGGUGGCAUUGAGCAAGUGCAGCAGCAAGGCCUGCCCCCGCCUGGAGAGCAAGGGAUCUGACUUCUGAAUGUGCCCAAAUUUGAAUGCAAUUGUCUCUACUGAAUUUUGCACUUGGCUAAGUUUUGGGCGUGGCCAUGAUACACCUCCACCAUCAGGCUAGCACCUUCCCAGUUGCCCUGAAAGUACCUCCUGCUUCCGGCUGGCAGUGUGACCCCACUCCAUCCCCCAGCCCCAGGAGGCCAGGC